CGUAUUGCAGCAUAUCCUAACAUUGUAAUAGCUCUUAUGUCUUAGCCAACAUUUAUUUAUUUCCUGUCUGAACCCAACAACCUUAUCCUUUCUUCAUCACGAAAAAAGACUCAAAACUUUGUUUGACAAAAAAAUUUUCAAUUGCCAAUUUUUUUUCCUGAAACCUUUGAUAUUAGUGUAUGUCAUUUCUCAUCUCUUAAAAAAUGGCAGAUGUCAUCUCUUGCAACUGUUACUCUUCUUUAGCUGCCUCUAAAUGGAUUAAUCCAAGAAUACCCACCAAAGGUUCUAGCUUUCUAGGGACUCUAAAGAGCAGUUCUUGGUGGAAUAGGCAGUUCCUGUCCAAAUGUCGUUCUCAGAGGCAUGUUCAGUGUCAGCUUCAAAAUGGGCAGAAAGGGAGGUCAUUUUCUCUGAAGGAAUCUGCACUCUCCAUUGUUUUGGCUGCUGGGCUGAUAACUGGAAUGCCAUCACUGGAUUGGUCUCCUAAUGCUUAUGCAGCUAGUCCUGCAUUGCCUGAUUUGUCUGUUCUAAUCUCUGGACCUCCAAUAAAAGACCCUGGAGCAUUGUUGAGAUAUGCAGUGCCAAUUAACAAUAAAGCUAUUAGAGAAGUACAAAAACCACUUGAGGACAUAUCAGAGAGUCUCAAGAUUGCUGGUGUCAAGGCACUUGAUUCUGUCGAGAGAAAUUUGAGGCAAGCAUCUCGAUCCCUUAAGCAAGGGAAAACCUUAAUUAUCUCUGGAUUAGCUGAAGCAAAGAAGGACCAUGGAGUGGAAUUGCUUGACAAGCUGGAAGUUGGGAUGGAGGAAUUACAACAGAUUGUGGAGGACAGGAAUAGAGAUGCUGUGGCGCCUAAACACAAGGAGCUGCUUCAAUAUGUUGGAGAUGUUGAAGAGGAUAUGGUGGAUGGCUUCCCCUAUGAAGUGCCUGAAGAAUAUCAAAGUAUGCCUCUUCUGAAGGGGAGAGCGGCUGUGGAUAUGAAGGUCAAAGUCAAGCACAAUCCUAAUCUAGAGGAGUGUGUGUUCCAUAUAGUUCUGGAUGGAUAUAAUGCCCCAGUAACUGCCGGAAAUUUUGUUGAUCUGGUGCAAAGGCACUUCUAUGAUGGCAUGGAAAUUCAGAGAGCUGAUGGGUUUGUUAUUCAAACUGGAGAUCCUGGAGGUCCUGCAGAGGGCUUUAUUGAUCCUAGUACUGAGAAAACCCGAACAAUACCAUUAGAAAUAAUGGUUGAUGGGGACAAAGCGCCUGUCUAUGGAGCAACACUAGAGGAGCUUGGUCUAUACAAGGCUCAAACGAAGAUUCCCUUCAAUGCUUUUGGAACCAUGGCCAUGGCCAGAGACGAGUUUGAGAACAAUUCUGCCUCAAGCCAGGUAUUUUGGCUGUUAAAAGAAAGUGAACUAACACCUAGUAACGCCAAUAUAUUGGAUGGUCGGUAUGCUGUGUUUGGUUAUGUGACAGAAAAUGAGGAUUUUUUGGCAGACCUAAAGGUUGGUGAUGUUGUAGAGUCAAUUCAAGUAGUUUCUGGCCUGGAUAAUCUAGUCAAUCCUAGUUAUAAGAUAGCUGGUUAGAACUUUUUUGUGUUUUUGGAAUUGCAUAUUGUCACUUCUGAAUAAAGCAGCUUGCUUCUUGUGACUCAGUUCAUUUUGUAAUCUUUCACUUUGAGAGAAUUGUAAUAUUUCAACUGAGAAUUUAUUAUUUUUUUGAAUAAUAU